CAGAAUUACGUCAUAUCCCACGUACUAGAAAGAUACGGGAGAAGCUUAACGUUCCAGAAACUUACUAGGAUCCAUCACUACAAUAUCCUUCAUCCGAGAAAGCUUGGGAUAUGAGCGGAAUACUCUCCUUUAAUAAGGGAAAUACCACCAUAUCAGAGUAGCAGAGCGCACCUAAGGCCAGUUCUGAGUGGAGGUCCUUCCCCAGGCCCCCCCCCCCCCCUGAAUUCCAGCCAGCAUGUCAAGUGACCCCCCUCCCCCCUACUCUGGGGGCCCCAGUGCCCCUCUCGUGGAGGAGAAGAAUGGACAACCUGUCGGACAGCCUGCAGCCUCGGCUGAAGCUCCUAUAACUGUGGGUCCUCCCCAGGGACAGCCGCUACCACCAGACUAUGGUCCUCCACCCUAUGAGGCCAGCCUACAGCCAGGCUUCCUGCCCCCACACGUCCCAGGUGAUGGGCCCAUGCCAAUGCCCAUUUUGUCACCACACGGUGGCUUCCAUGCUCCUCCUGGUCACUUUGUCCAUCCACCACCAGGUCAUUUUGGCCCUGGGCCGGUUCAGUUUGGCCCUGGGCCUGUUCAGUUCGGCCCUGUGCCUGGUCAGUUUGGCCCUGGGCCUGGUCAGUUUGGCCCUGGGUUUGGCCCUGGGCCUGGCCACUUUUAUGAAGGACAUGCCACCACCGUCCUGUCACCUCAAGCCGCAGGCGCCAGAGUCACCGUCCUGCAUGGGGAGAUUUUCCAGUCCUUGCCCGUGCAGACUGUGUGUUCACACUGCCAUCAGGCUAUUGUCACCCGCAUCUCUUACGACGUCGGCUUGAUGAACACACUCUUCUGCCUCUUCUGCUUCUGUGUGGGGUGUGAUCUGGGAUGCUGCUUGAUUCCCUGUCUGAUUGAUGACCUCAAGGAUGUGACGCACACCUGCCCCAACUGCAAAGGCCACAUCUACACAUACAAGCGUAUAUGCUAACCCCCGACAGACAUACUAUAAAAACAUGGAUCUGCACACUUAGAAGCUCACAGCUCAGACAGCCUUUUUUGCUCAGUGUUUUGUGCUUCAUUUAGCUGUCCUCUUAACAGUCUCAUUUUAUGAAUAAUUUGAUUACCCUGCACUUGUUCCUAACUUUCAGAUUAACGUCCUUUGCUAUGUACAUGCAUCCAGUUACAAUGUAGAGACCUCAAACACGGUUUAUUAGUGGUUAAAGGAGAAACAUACAGAGAGAACCGACAGACGUGGUAAAUAUUGCAAACUGAUAAAUUCCAAAUGAAGGACCAGUGACAAAAUGGUACGUGUUGCAUGUUUUAUGCGUGCUGUUGGAAAAAGGCGUGGGAUUUUAGUCAUUUAAGAUGGGAGAAGGCAAUUGUGCAAAGCUGUGAAAAUUGUUGUUUACUAAAAAUCAGCUGUGAAUCUUGCUGAGGCAAAUUUGUUAAGACAGCACUUGCAGGGUCAGUACUUAAGUUUUUAGUGUAAUUAUUUUAUCUUAUUUUAACACUAUCCAUAUAUGUAUAUAUAAUAUAACAUAAUGUUAAUAUUGAAGAAUCUGAAGGUUUUGUUUAUGUCAAAUUAUUUUCAGAUAAUUAUUUAUGUGGCAAUUCACUUUGUCCUGUGUCCUGGAUAAUGUGUUCUAAAUGUCAGUAUAGUAAGUAACUUUAUGACAUUGGUCCUAACAAACUGUUUAUGGCAGAUUUUACAUUUAUUUUAGGCUGCUUGUUUUCCCGCUUGAGAAUGGUCAGAAUAGAAGUAUCUUUUAUUAUGUUUUCAGAGCUUUAGAUUGUCAUUGUAUAGUGAAUUUGCCAGAACUGUUAGUAAUGCCCUUUUAUUAGUAUUAAUGUACGUAGUUUUGAUAAUGAAGUGAUUGUUUGUGUGUAACAUGGUAUUGCAAAUGCCCAGUUCCCAUGUGAAAUUUCAUACGUCCAUAAAACAACAGUUGCCAUUA